AUGGUCAACCUCAGGUCACAAAAACGCCUCGCCGCCAGCGUCGCCAAAGUUGGCAAGCGCAAAAUCUGGCUCGACCCCGCCGAGCAGGCUGAGAUCGGCAAUGCCAACUCCCGCACCCAUGUGAAGAAGCUCAUCAAGGAUGGCCGUAUAAUCAUCAAGCCCACCACUGUGCACUCUCGCGCUCGCACACGCGACCUGCUCGCCGCCAAGCGAAAGGGUCGCCAUACCGGUCCCGGCAAACGAAAGGGUACAUCGGAAGCCCGCAUGCCCACGAAGGUGCUUUGGAUGAGGAGACAGCGGGUACUGAGGAGAUUGCUCAGGAAGUACAGAGAGGCCGGCAAGAUCGACAAGCACCUCUACCAUGUUCUUUACCAAAAGUCCAAGGGUAACGUCUUCAAGAACAAGCGUGUCCUCAUGGAAUACAUCCACAAGGCCAAGGCCGAGAAGAGCCGUACCAAGGUCCUCAGUGACCAAAUGGAGGCCCGCCGUGUCAAGAACAAGGCUGCCCGAGAACGUCGUGCUGCCCGUCUCGCCGAGAAGAGACAGGGUAUCCUGGCUGUUGAGCAUGAGGAGGCUAAGGAGUAA